UCAUAUGACAACGUGUAUAGACUCUAUUUAUAACUUUCUUUCCGCGUAUACUAUCGUUAUCGGAAUUGUAACAAAGGAUGUAUAUCGAUGUAAUAACAUGUCUAGUUUGUGAUCCAACAAAUAAAAUCAGUUUAUCAUGCGUUGUUUUCUCAGAAGCACGUUUUUAUUUUUACGAAUAUUAUAAUUGAUGAAAAAAUGGAUCUUCGCUUCGAACCUGGUCUUUCGCUUUCUGAAGCAUUAGAUAUAUUAUUAAACAAUGAUGAGAUGGAGGGUGAUAUUUUCAUUGAACCACCUAAUCCUAGUGUCGAUACUGAUGAAGAUUCAGGAGAUGAAGAUGGGAGUGGUUUAGUUGAUAAUCUAUCAUCUCGACAAUUGACGGCAAACGCUGAAAUUCGACUAGGUAACAAAGAAAGAGUAGGCAACUUUAAUAAUGAACUAAUUCAACCUGUAGGCAUUUCUUCUACUUCAAUUUCUACUCGUAGAUCACCGUCUUUUGAAACAUUGGUUUUAACACCUGAAAAACACCGAAAGUGGUUAGAGGCUAGAAAAAAAUCCAAACAAAUAUCUCGCUGGGAAAAGGGAGCAGAUUUUGAUAUCGAAAGACCCGCUUCAUUUCCCAAACCAGAUUACUCUAGAUAUAAAAGUUUGUCUGCUAUCGAAAUUUUUGAAAAAUUUAUUGAUACGGAAAUUAUUGAACACUUAGUUGUAGAAACUAGACGGUAUGCAUUAUUUUUAAACUGCCCAGAUCCUAACAUAACAGCAGAAGAAAUUCGUUGUUUUAUUGCGAUACUAUAUGUUAGUGGAUAUAAUAAUUUGCCUUCGAAACGACAUUAUUGGGAUUCAAAAACUGAUAUGAAAAAACGUUGCUGUAUCUGAAUCAAUGCGACGAAAUAGAUUUUUGCAGAUUUGUCGAUUUUUGCAUCUUGCUAAUAACAUUGAUAUCAAUCAAAAUGACAAAGCGUGGAAAAUACGCCCAAUUAUGGAGAUGUUAAAAAAAAAAUGUAUUGAUAAUUUUAUUCCUGAACAACAUCUUGCUUACGAUGAAAGUAUGGUCAAAUAUUUUGGGCGACAUAGUUGCAAACAAUUCAUACGUGGGAAACCGAUUAGAUUUGGAUACAAGGUAUGGUGCCUGAACACAUAAGAUGGAUAUUUAGUCAAUUUUGAACUUUAUCAAGGCAAAAGUCCAAAAGCUAACACUGUUUACGAACAAUUAUUUGGUAAAGCUGCAAGUCCUUUAUUAGUUCUUAUAGAUGAAAUUCCUGAAGAAAAGAGGCAAUUAAGUUAUUCUUUUUACAUGGACAAUUUAUUUUCCGGUAAAAAUCUCCAUUCUUUUUUAAAAUAUUGUGGAUAUUCAGCAAUAGGAACUAUACGUGAAAAUAGAAUUCAAAAAGACUGUCCUUUACAAAAUAAAAAAUUAUUUGCAAAAAAAAGAACGCGGUUACUUUGAAACAGCCAUGGAUAAAAAUGAUGGUCUUUUGUAUGUUCGAUGGAUGGACAACGCUGUGGUAACAAUGAUAUCAACUUCAUGUGGUACAAAAGAAAUAAGUCAUGUAAAAAGGUAUUCUCAACAAAAAAAAACAAAUAUUUUGGUUCAAAGACCAAGCUUAAUUGCAAAAUAUAACACAUACAUGGGAGGUACUGACCAAAUGGAUCAAAAUCUUGGAUGUUACCGCAUUGGAGUUCGUGGGAAAAAAUGGUAUUGGCCUCUAGUGACAUGGAUGUUUGAUAUAGCAAUGCAAAACAGUUGGAUUUUAUACAAUAAAACAGGGAAACCAAAAAAUUUCUCAACUUGAAUUUAGAAGAGAAGUAGUAAAUGUUUAUUUAGAAAAAUACAAAAAUACUCCCACAGGAUCAGGACGAAUAUCAAAAUCAAUUUGUUCGACAGACUCUCGUAUAUCAGAUACAUUACGGUAUGAUAAAACUGAUCACUUGGUACAACAUACAGAAGAAAAAAAAAAGAAAAAGAUGUGCCGGAAAAAAUUGCAACUCAACUGUACGAACAAUGUGUUCAAAAUGCUCUGUUGGGUUAUGUAUUAAUUGUUUUAAGCCUUUUCAUUCCCAAUGAUUUAUAUUUAUAAAAUAAUAAAAAAAAAUUUUUUUGUAUAAGUCUAAGAACAUUUUUUUUUAUAUUUACUCAACAUUUAUUUCCUAACUAGUAAAAAAAAA